AUGCACAAGCUUCGCCAUCAGGCAAAAGCUUCCGCGUGGUACGCUGACCCUAACGACGACACAAACUUGCCCAUCAAGAAUCCGUUUGCGAAGUGGAAAUCCAAUUCGAGGUCCAAUACUCUCCGUCGCGUUGAGAACGGCGACGGCAAUGGCUCGCCCCUGACCGCUACCAGAACAGACGAUCCAAAUAAUUAUCGGCAAUCCUCAUCAAGAGAAAGAGGUGAAGAGCUCGGUGCAAAUCCGUCCGUGAAACAUGCUGCAACCACACCAAAUGCCAGGUCGACUCCAAAGCCAUACGCACCUGGCGAUGAGGUCGAGUUGCCACGCUCGCUCAGUCCAGUCAAUGACGAGUUCCAGAAUGGGCCCAAUGAAGACGGGAUGAGCAGCGAUACUGCCACAUAUAACAAACCCAGUCAAACAGAUGAAGGGGCUUCAAUGCGGAACCGUGGCCUUGGUGACAAAAGCGUAGAGAAACACGGUCUCAAGGCACUCUUCAGCCGCGAGUCCAAGGAAAGCAAGGAUGACAACAACGGCAAAGACAAACCAACGUUUACCGCGUGGAGCCAAAUUCGAGCAACCGUCUUCAAUUCCUGGAUCAAUAUUCUCCUGAUUGCCUCGCCUGUCGGCAUUGCGGUCUACUACGCCCAUGUCAAUCCGGUCGCAGUUUUUGUCAUCAACUUCAUCGCCAUCAUCCCCUUGGCAGCCAUGUUGAGUUAUGCCACUGAGGAGAUUGCUCUGAGAACCGGUGAAGUUCUUGGUGGUUUGCUCAAUGCUUCCUUUGGUAACGCGGUCGAGUUGAUUGUGUCCAUUAUCGCUCUGGCAAAAGAUCAGGUCUUGAUUGUCCAAACUUCCUUGAUUGGCAGUAUGCUCUCCAAUCUUCUACUGGUUAUGGGCAUGUGUUUUUUCUUCGGCGGCGUCAACCGCAUGGAGCAGGCCUUCAACAUCACAGUCGCUCAAACUGCUUCCAGUCUGCUCUUCUUGGCAGUCAGCAGUCUGAUUAUUCCCACCGCAUUCGAGCAGUGGGCUCGGACCGGAAACAACACCAGCAACACCGAAACUGCCACUACCGAGAACGCCAAACCUGGUGUGGCGCAACUGAGCAGAGGCACGGCCAUCCUUCUCCUGAUUGUCUAUGCCUGCUACCUCUUUUUCCAACUCAAAAGUCACGCCGCAAUUUACAACGCCCCCAGCGCGAAGAAUGAGACACGGGAUGUAGGUACAAAGUUCAAGGAUGCAGUCAUUCCCGACAAGCUCCGCUCGAAAAAGGGAGCAGGUACUGAGACGCCGGAGCCGGAAGACGAUGAGCCCGAGCAGCCCCAACUCUCCAUUUGGGUUGCUAUGCUGACGUUGGCGAUCUCCACUGUCCUCGUCGCCCUGAACGCUGAGUACUUGGUUGAUUCGAUCAACUCCAUCACCUGCGGCGGCGGCAUUUCCAAGAACUUUGUCGGUCUCAUUUUGCUUCCCAUUGUUGGCAAUGCUGCGGAACACGCGACUGCGGUCACUGUGGCUGUUAAAGACAAGAUGGAUUUGGCCAUUGGUGUCGCUGUUGGCUCCAGCAUGCAAAUUGCACUUCUCGUGCUUCCAUUCGUGGUUGUGUUGGGCUGGAUUAUGGGUAAAGACGACAUGACCUUGUUCUUUGAUGGCUUCCAGAUCGCCGUCUUGUUCGUGGCAGUUCUCCUUGUCAACUACUUGAUCAGCGAUGGCAAGUCGCAUUACCUUGAGGGUAUCUUGCUGAUGACCUUGUACAUUAUCAUUGCAGUCGCCGCCUGGUUCUAUCCCACCGCCCCUGGCCUCAGCGACUGCCCGAGCGGCUCAUGA